AUGCCCACAAAAGACAAGAAUGUUAUUGUCCGCGAUGAGGAAACGGGCAAGACUGUUCUCAUUGUCAGGCGGAACCUCUGCAGCGAUGCGGAGGUACUGGCUGGCACCGACAAUACUGUGGUUCUUGACUGCAGCAUGAAGAAAGAUGAUCCGGGCAAGCUUGUGCUUGUGGGCUAUUCUGCGGGUUCUUGCUCUUCACCCGCUUUCAACUAUUCCUGGAACAUAGAGGCCAAGAAGCUGUUGGAGGAAUUUGUGUGCAGCCACCACAUGGCGGUAUCCUCCUUGUUCAGCCUCUUCUACCAGCUGAUGAGGGCAAACCUUCCCAACAAAGUGCUGGAGGACUACGAGGAGUACAUCGCUAAGCAUGGCUUUCCUCACAUGGACGCACGUGGUGCAAUACCUGUCAAUGACGAGGGCUGCAGCAACUAUUACGUGAAGAAGGGUGGGAAAAUGUUCACCUUCCACGGCACAAAACCUGCGCUGCCUGCAGGCGUAGCAGUUCUAACUCAGCUGCAGACUGGUGGAAACUUCUACCUGGCACCGGAUGGUAUCAAGAUCGAGCAGGCUGCUAACACACUCAUCAUCUGGCAGCCCCGCCAUUACCAUGGCACAAGCCUGCUCGGAGAUUGGCCCAAGGACAAUAUUGCUCCUUUUGCGCAAAGUGGAUUUGCCUUUGUCACAAGCACUUGA